UGGGCUAUAAGAGUGGAGACUGGACUGUGAGGUUAGGGAGCCGCUGUGGGAACCUGUCCUCAGAGAGAGUAACUGUGAGAUGGAGGUCCUGGGCCAGGUCAUAGGCCUUGCUAACACCAUCUACAGCCUAUGUGAGCAGUCCAGCUCCAACAAGCGCCAAUGCCGACGCCUUAAGAAGCGGGUUAAGAUGCUGCUGAUGACCAUCCAAGCCCUUGAGAAACAGAACAAGAUGUCUACAUCACUGCAUUCAUUGGUGAUGGAGCUGGCGGUAACUCUGGAGAAUGCCAAGUGCUGGGUCAUUAAGUAUUCUCACCACGCCUGGUGGAGGAAAAUACUUCAGGCCAACAGCAUCAAGGAAGAGUUUGCGGUGAUCAAUGAUCGGCUGGGGGACGCAGCUGGCCAGCUGUGCCUGUUUCUGGCCGCAGAGCACAGAGAGAAGCUGCUCCAUUUCUUCACUGAGAAUACCCGCAAGUUUCAGAAUGAGAAAGAUAUAGAGGAAGACUUGAAGGAGCUGAGGGAUUACCUAACCUCUUGUGUCAGCAGCUUGUCGGAGAAAGUGGACACUGUGGCAGAUGACGUGCAUGACAUCCUCUCUGAGCUGGCUGCAAUCAGAGCUGUGUGCAAGCGCUCCCGCUGGGACAUCACUGAGAUCCGAGCCACAGAUCUACAGCGUGGUGCAUUACUGUUAGAGAAGCCAAGCCACAACCUGUACCGAGGAGAGUACCACAGAAGCCCAGUGGCUAUCAAAGUCUUCAAGGGACAGCCGCACACAAAUGAAGACUAUAUACGGAAAACAUUCCAGGCAGAGAGUGAGACCAUGAAGAAAUUUGAAUGUUUGAAUAUUGUACGACUCUAUGGGAUUUGUAUUGAUAAUUCAGGCAAGGAACCCUGCUACUCUAUGGUGACAGAGUUCUGUGAGAAAGGGAAUCUGAGAGAACUGCUGAAAAUAGAGCCGGACCUGUCAUGGGAGCGGAGAGUCCUGAUGGCUUUGGAUGCUGCCAGGGCCCUGUACAGGUUGCACCAGACGGAGAUGAAGGCCAUUCUGCAUGGAAGCCUGAGCAGCUCCAAGUUUCUGGUGGACGGGACGUACUGUGUGAAGCUCUCAGGGUUUGAGAUCUCGAAGACAGAGUCGUCCAUCAGAAAACCUUCUAAUGCGGAGAAGAGGAAGGAGAGCAUCGAGCUGGCCUACAUCGCUCCGGAAACCCUGCAGGACAUAAACGCGUACGAUAAACGCAGCGAGAUUUACAGUCUGGGUGUGGUUAUUUAUGAAAUUGCUACAGGAAAACUCCCAUUUCAGGACCUGCCAGUGACGGAGAACACCCUGCUGGACAUGCAGCAGGACCUGUGUGCGGAGGUGGCUGCUGAACUCUCACCUGCCUGUGUCCCUGUGUUACGUGACCUCAUUAUAAGGAGCCUGCAGAAGAAUCCCAGUGAUCGUCCCUCUGCUGGAGUUAUUGUGGACCAGCUGAUGGCUCACUUGAACCAGAGAGACUGUUGAAACCUUUCACUUGUGACCACAGUACCUCAAGAUCAGGAGCUGGGGACAUAAAGCAAGUCUGGCUGCAGAAUAUUCUACAUUCAGUGUAUUAUACAGUCUAACAAGCUGCAAAUCUUGUGUGCUGUUACCCAUGGCGACCAAUGACACGCUACCUGGUACAAGUUACAUCUGAUCUCUGAUUGGUUGAUAUGCAGCAUACUUCCAUCUAGUUGUCCAAACUUCAUGACGGGCAAUCAGGGAACUUCCAAUUCCUUCAUUAAUGACGAUUUGAUCAUCAGAGACCGUAAUAUGGGGCAAACACAGUAUUCCGCCGAAGCGCUGCUUCCUCCACCUCUAGGACCCAUGCAAUAUGAACGUUUUAGUUUUACGAGCUUUUAUAAGGAUCAGUGUUAAUAUGUUUGUGCUUUACUGUCUCAUGAUACGUAUACAGCCUGCUGGCCCAUACAAUCACAUGCUGUUAAUAAAUGUUACCUGCACUGUGGAGGCCCCCUCGCUCCUAGUACAGAUUUACAGGGAAGACUCCUGUAACAAACACAUCAGCAAUGGACCCGAGAACACAGAUUCCCGCUGUAUAGAAACUUGUGUCUGCAGCGGCCUCUCCUAACGCCUGACUUGCUCUAAGAGCUUUUUAUUACAGUCCAUGACAGAGUAUUUCAUGCACAUAUGGUACAUGGGUAUUUUCAAAAAAAAAAGCAUAAUUAUGUAAUAAAUUUGGUAGUUGAGCAGACUACAGUAUUUCUAAUGUAUAUACACAGGACUUCAGAUGGUGGAAAUGGUCAUUACGGACUGAUACCUACAAUCACUGCCCUAAAACAGCAGACCAACUUGUGGAGAGGUAUGUGACGGCCAAGGAACUUUUCAGUGUAUCCCAGUGGCCUCUAGUACCCUAAUGGCGAUCGGCACCUGGAGGCUAACCAGCUGUGCCGGGAAGGUUCCAGGCUUGUAAAUGGCUUGAUAAAUAUGUGAUGGAUUGGACCAUGCAGGCCACUUCCUUCUGAACCUAUGCAGUGUGAGCUGCUUACAGUGUGGGAAUAGUAGAGGGUCUUUUUUUGGCCAGCUAGCCUGCUCUGCAGAAUGCCCGAUAAACAGAUGUGUAUAUAAUCACUAUACAUGCUCUGCUAGAUCCCGAUAGCUAUAUUACUCCAAUAUAGCAUUGGUGAACCACUGAAAGCUUUAGGGCAAAGCUCCUGGUGUAACCUGUGUACAUCCCACCAAGACGUGGCUACCAUCAGAGAUUCUAACAGGGCCACAGAUUGCUGAAAGGUGCCCCAGGGUUGCUUGGAGUUUUCUUUUCUUGGAUUCCCAAAUCAAACGUGGUGCAUGAACAUAUUCAAGAGGCUCCUCCCUUCCCAUUAAAUAAAAAAUGUCAAGUGUU